AAGAAAAUGUCCAACCAAACUACAGUGACUGAGUUCCUUCUCCUGGGAUUCUCUGAGGUCCGAGAACUGCAGAUUUUACAUGUUGUGGUGUUUCUGGUAAUUUACCUGGCAGCCUUAAUUGGGAAUCUUCUCAUCAUCACAGCUGUAGCGCUCGACCAACAUCUUCACACCCCCAUGUAUUUUUUCCUGAUUAAUCUAUCCAUCUUAGACCUCGGAUCCAUCUCCGUCAUUGUCCCCAAAUCCAUAGCCAACUCCUUAUUGAACACUAGGUCAAUUUCCUAUGCUGGAUGCAUCACCCAAGUCUUUCUCUUUGUCUUCUUUGCUGCAUCCAAUAUUGCUUUACUCACUGUCAUGGCGUAUGACAGAUACGUCGCCAUCUGCCAACCACUGCACUAUGAGACAGUGAUGAACAGGGGUGCUUGCGUUCAAAUGGCAGCCAGUGCCUGGACAAGUGGCAUUCUGUACUCUGCCCUGCACACUGGAAACACCUUCAGGUUACCCUUCUGCCAGUCCAAUGUCAUCAACCAGUUCUUCUGUGAAAUCCCCCAACUACUCAAGCUCUUCUGCUCUGACUCAUACCUCAGUGAAGUUGGCAUUCUUGGCUUUAGUGCAUGUUUGCUAUUAAUCUGCUUUGCUUUAAUCAUUGUGUCAUAUGUUCACAUUUUCAUGACAGUGCUGAGAAUCCCCUCUGAGCAGGGCAAGCAUAAAACCUUCUCCACCUGUCUCCCUCACCUCACUGUGGUCUCCUUGUUCUUUUGCACUGGAACCUUUGCCCACCUGAAACCUACCUCCAGCUCAGCAUCAGGGCUGGAUCUCGUGGUGGCUGUUCUGUAUUCUGUGGUGCCUCCAAUGAUGAAUCCAGUCAUCUACAGCAUGAGGAACAAGGAGAUCAAAGCUGCCCUGAGGAGGCUGACUGUGUGGAAGUUAUUCACCAAGAAUAAUAUGUUUGUCUUUCUCCUGUGA